CGCGCUCGCUCACUUGCUCUAGAGGCCUAGACGCCUGGAUACAGCUGGCUUCGAUGGCCUAGCCGUCUCGUCUUCAAAAGUUCCGAAACCCGCCGCGAGCGCUACUAACCCCGCUCUCCCCCCAAUUCCAAGAAAAGAAAAGAGAAGAAAAUCCCAAAUCCUCGCCGGCCGCCGCGACGCCGUCGUUGCCCUAACGCGCGCCGACGCCGUCCGCCGUUCCGCCCGCCCGACCGGGACCCCUCCGCCCGCCCCCGCCCCGGCCGCCGGUAGCCUUGCCGCGGUUUCUUGCAGCGGGGAGGUCGGCGGCGACUACGAGGAGGACGCGGAGCGCAUCGCGUGAAGGGUGCGGCAAAGCAGCAGCCGCACCACGCGCACCGCCGCUCCGCCUGACCGGGAACCCUUCAACGCCUUGCCUCCGGUAAUCUUGACGCAGCCACGCCUUUUAUUGCAACCGGCGGCGACUGCGAGGAGGAAGCGGAGCGCGUCGCGGGACACAACGCGCGCCGACGCCGUCCGCUGCUCCGCUCCACCGGAGAGUCACCUCCGCUUGAUCCCACUCCGCCCCGUCGACGCCGAGGACCACCGAGCCGGCUUCCGCCCCGUCCACGCCGACCUGUUGCGAUGGGGAAUGCGGCCUUCCAGAGGAACGGCGGUGGCGCUGGAGCCACCGAUGAGGAGAACUCUUUGGCUACCGCAGUUGCGGAUGCGGCUGCGAGGGGCGCCAGGCAGGCCAUCAUUGACGCGGUCCACGAGGCUCAGCAAGAAGGCGCGGUGGGAGGCCAGGAGAUCGACCCAGAAGCUUUGGUGGCCGCUGUGCUGCCCCUUUCGCGUGCUCAGGCCGCCGCCGCCGCUGGCGCGAAGCGCGGUAUCGAUGAAAUGGUGCGGGAUCUUGAACCUGCCAACCGAUUUCCAUACGAUCUCAAGAGGCUGAAGGUUGCGGCUGCCUCUGCAGCCAGCGCGGGGGUGAAAGCAGCCGUACUGAUGACGGGGCAGCAGGCCAUGGGGGAGAUUGACCAGGACACGGCAGCAGCAGCAGCAGCUACUGGGGCUUGGGUAACCUGCUUCUUCUCAGUACAGACAGGUCUCGUCGCGGCCCCAAAUGCUAGCAAGUAUACGGCUUUACUUGGGCCUAUGUUUGGGGGGUCCUUUCCCACAUCUGCUGCGGCCUACCACUUGCUUAGUACUCACUCAGAUAUUGUGAAACUCUGUGGCUUUGGUGGAAUCACUCUGGGUGUCUUUGUGAUAUCGUCUGGUUUGGCUGCUGGUUUUCUAGGCAUAUCUCCGGGAUCAGUUUGUUACACUCGGUUUGCUACCCUUGCAGCACUGGUCAUUGUGUUGAGCCUUUUCAGUUGUGCGCUAUAUACAAUCUUCCAUUCACUAGUGUACAAGAUCACAUGUGCAAUCGUAUGUGGAGUGACGAUCGCUAUUUUCAUGUUCCUAUGGUUGUAUUUUGGAUGGUAGCUGAUGUUCUCUUCUUGACAUGUCUCCAUUAUGCAAGCUUGCAGAGCUGAUUGUUGUGCGAGUGGUCAAUGUGGAGCUGAUUGUAUAUUCUUCCUGAUGGAUUCACAUACGAUGCUCAGAUCUUGGCUGGGCCAUUUUUUGGUAGUUUUAAUCGUACAUAUACUGUGACGUUGGAAGUCAGAGAUGUAUAUUCUUCCUGAUGGCAUGAUCCGUUUUACUCGUGUUGCUGAGGAUCUUGUUGUGCUGGGUCAUUCUUUUUUACAUUGGAGACGUGUUUCAUUGUUCAUAACCUCCAACAUGGAACUUGCAAAUUUUGCACGUGAAUGAAAUAUACAUAUAAUGAUU